GCCCGAGUCCCGCGUCUGGACGGUGAUGUUGCUGCUGGGGACGUGCCUGCUGUACUGCGUCCGUGUCACCGUGCCCAUCUGCGCCGUCGCCCUGAGCACCCACUUCGACUGGGACAAGAAGCAGUCCGGCAUAGUGCUCAGCAGCUUCUUCUGGGGCUACUGCUUGACACAGAUUAUCGGAGGACAUAUCAGUGAUCAAAUAGGAGGGGAGAAAGUCCUCCUCCUCUCGGCAUCAGCCUGGGGGUUCCUCACGGUCCUCACCCCGCUGCUCACCCACGUCACUUCUGCCCAUCUCGUUUUUAUGACCUCCUCCAGGUUCCUCAUGGGGUUGCUGCAAGGGGUGUAUUUCCCGUCCCUGGCCAGCCUGCUGUCCCAGAAGGUCCGGGAGAGCGAGCGAGCCUUCACCUACAGCACAGUGGGGACUGGCUCGCAGUUUGGGACGCUGGUGAUCGGCGGUGCGGGAUCUCUCCUCCUGGACUGGUACGGCUGGGAGAGCGUUUUCUACUUCUCUGGGUUUCUCACUUUGCUCUGGGUUUACUGCACCUGCAAGUACCUCCUGAGUGAGAAAGAACUCAUCAUUCCUAUAGAUUAUUUAAUGCGAGGCCUCUCGAUAUCCAAGCAGACCAAAGUUCCCUGGAAGCAGCUGUUUAAGAAGGCACCGAUAUGGGCUGUCAUCAUCGCUCAGCUUUGUACGGCCAGCACGUUUUUCACUCUCCUUUCCUGGCUGCCAACUUUCUUUAAGGAAACUUUCCCCGAGUCAAAGGGUUGGGUGUUUAAUGUAGUCCCCUGGCUGGUUGCAAUUCCAACAAGCUUGUUCAGUGGAUUUCUGUCCGAUCAUUUAAUCAACCAGGGGUACAAAACCAUCACCAUUCGUAAGUUCAUGCAGGUCAUUGGCUCCGGUGUCUCAAGCAUUUUUGCUUUGUGCCUGGGCCAGACAUCCAGUUUUUGCAAAGCGAUAGUGUUCGCCUCUGCCUCUGUUGGACUUCAGACCUUUAACCACAGUGGCAUUUCGGUAAACGUACAGGAUCUGGCCCCCUCGUGUGCUGGCUUACUGUUCGGUGUUGGGAAUACAGGUGGAGCCCUCCUAGGUGUCAUUUGCGUGUACUUGGCUGGCCACCUGAUCGAAACCACUGGCUCCUGGAUUUCUGUUUUCAACCUGGUGGCUGCCGUUAACAGCAUUGGCCUCUGUGCAUUCCUCAUGUUUGGAGAGGCCCAGAGGGUGGACACAGACUCUGCAUAUAUGGACCUGUAG